ACGACUAGAAAGGAGCAGCGUGGUCACCUCUCAGGCCUGAACACAAGCCGGAACCCUAAACCCGUUUAUGUAUUAGGUCGUCUUACAAAAAUGAUCUGUAAACUAUUUUUUACUACUGCGUCGCUAUACAAGUAAAAACCCUAAACCCGUACAAGUAGUUCUUCACAACGAACUGGCGCAUCCACUGUCUUGUCCGUCCAUGGCAUGACCAGCCGCAACAGUUGUUGCUUCUGUUAAAUACAUCUGUUGCUGGUCAUGACAAGUAGAAGUAGCAGUCCUGAGUGUUAUUCUAUCUUGUGUCGAAGUGCUUUUAAUCCUCGUUCGUUCUUCGGGUCGUUGAGCGCUGUGACUCGCAAUGAGGUGUUGUCAUUAAGUACGAUAAAGAUUAGUAAUCGCAUUUUCGUAUAAUAUUGAUAAUAUUGUUGCUUCUUCUGCCUCUCAGACCUCAGUGUCACUGUCCUGUGAGUGCCACUUCCCGGUGGAUCAUAGAGCGUGUCCGGUCCGCGAAGUUAAAGCUGGCACGAUAUGGGCAGAAGUGUAAGUGUUCCACGCACGAUAGAAUAAGUGCAUCAAAUAGAAAACCUCCUCCUCCAGUAGUUGUUGCGUCGUUCGUUUUCCCGUUCUUACUUCCGUCCCUGCAUUUUAGGACCUGACCACAAAAACCAAUUUUAUCAACUUGCUCGAUUUGUUUGCCAAAAUGGGGCAGGUAUCUACGGUUGUGGAACGAAAUGAUGCCCUUGUCACUGAGGAGGCCAAUGCGCCACUCGAUUCUCCUGUACCUGCAGGUAAGAAACCGGAGCUCCAAUCUUUGAGCGCAGUCUGGGCGUCGCCUAAUGGGCAUCUGGAGCAAACCGAGAUUAAGGCCGUAGUCGAUAACUUUAUUUUCCAUCUGGAGAAAGAGCUGCAAACACUAGAAGAGAAAAUAAACAAAAGUGCGGCCGCACCCACAAGCAAAGAGACAAGCAAGGAGGAAAUCGGCCCCAUCAUAGAAACAGUCAUCAAAUUCCUCCAAGCCGAGUUCGAGGCGUUAGUAAAAGAGCAAGAGGACGCCGUGAAAUUGCCGUGGAGUAGUAUGACGGGAGACAACAAGGCGAAAGAGCGUAUCGUGGUCGGUUCGGGGUUGAUGAAGGCUUUGAACAACCUACUCCGAAAACCCUCGGACGACUCCGAACUCCACACGGAAUUGAGUGCGCUUCUCACCGCUUUUGAAGAAGAAGAGCUGCCUGUCUACGCGGAAAAGACGACGCUGGAGGCUGCGGCUUCGGCUGCGCAAGGCAGUACAGCAGGGGAAAUAAAUGAAAAAGAACAAGAAGAGGAAAAAACAGCAUCUGAAGCCAGGAAAAGGUUCCAGGAGAACUUGAAGAAGCUCUUGGAACAUGCCAAAGCUCUGCCCGACAAAGAGACGGGAACGUCAUCUUCUGCAAUCGAAAGUCGGCAGCUUAACUACUUCGAACUAGAUCAACCGGAUCAGCCAGAGCAACGACAACGGAAGCAAGACGCCGCAGGUACUGAACUACCGCAUCGAGAUCCAGGUAAAAGUAGCAACGUCGUUCCAACUGCCGAGGUCCAGCACAAAAACCAAGACAUUUUUCACGAUAGCAAUGCGAAUACCAACGAUCGAGAAAAAACGGCGUUGCCUGCAGUGCGUAGUGAUCCAGUUACAGCACCACAUGAGCACCGCGCAACACAACUCACAACGCCCGAGAAGACGUCGGAAUCAGAGCAGCACUACACCGGUGGUGCUCACGACGACUCCGAUUGGGGGCAAGACCACAAUAACAAGCAGCAAAAACAAUUCAUCACUGGUCAAAAGCUGCAAGCCAUGACCGUUAGCGUUAUCGAUCCCCUCGCUGCAACCGAAACGGACCAAGAACAGCACGUACCGUCGGAGGCGCAAACUUCUUCGACCCAAGAACAACUUCUGCAUCCAGGGCAGUCCUUGUCCUCGUCCGACUACAGUUCGUCUUUCAUUCAAUCGUACGUGGUCCAACCGAUUUCCGGCUUCGUCAACGGAGCAAGUGCCACCACCUUUGAACAGGACACGAACUACAAGCAGAUGCCGAACACCGAUCACGACAAUGGCGGCCAGCAAAGUGAUGACACCUUUCACUUCAACAAGAAACAGCAACAAAGCACGUCUUCACGUCCUUCCGGGUACGAAAUCAACCUCGCGCAUCACCACCUGACUGCGCACGAAAUGUACGUCAGCGCGUUGCUCAUCUUGUUCGUUGUCGGUGGCGCCUUUCGCUGUUUCUUCUACCACCCGGUCGCCGGUGCGGGACCGAGCCAGAAGCUGAUCGCGAACACAACCGGGAUCGUAGGCGUCGUCAUCUUUUUCCUGCUGUUCAGCUGGUUUGUGACGACUUCCACAGUAAUCGGAGCGGAAUACUCGCAAGCGGUGAAUUUCUGUACGGUGCUUUCAGUUUUGGUCGCACUAUUGGUGUUUUGCUACUUGCAGACGCGAAGCGAAGCCGGCUCGGCGCAGCCACGCGAGACCACGAGCAUCAGCAAAAAAAAGCUGAAUCGUCCCACUUCUGGUGGUCAAGGGGGUUAUGGCACUCUGAGCAGCGGUGCCGGGGCCGGUGAGAAGUUUUAUUCUUUGUUGUCUGUGUGGGUGCUGUUCUUGCUGUUUGACCAACAUGAAAUCCAUGUUUGUUUCCAUUCGACAGCAGUUUCAAGUACUUAGUUGUGGUGUAGGACCAGAGCUGCAUGAAGAUAUGAAAAAAUAUAAUCAAAUGAAAAAUACGCAAGGUCAAGCUUGUCGCGACACGCUUAAUGGUGACACCGGUGCGGCAGCGGCGUCCGGAAAUGCAACGCCCCCGCCCGCCUCGACUCCUACUAGCUUGCCCUGCAGCUGCUCCUUGAAUGCUGGCACAUCGUCGCAGUCUCCAGUUAACACAACUUGUGGGAAGAGCGACGCAGCGACGAUGGUAAAAGUGCUCACUAUCGAUCCACUCAUUUUUUGAUGCAGUAGCAGUGGCAUUUUGUUUUGAAGAUGGUCGUCGAGGUCAAGCUGAUCAUCAUGUUUUAGAAGUCGGACGACAUUUUCAUUUAGUGUUCAAGUGCCUGCCAUGUCUGUAAUCCACCCGUGCAAAAAAUUACUCCUUGAGGUCACGACCGCCGGCGACAAGAAGAAAAAGUUGAAAAUCGAGAUGAACGCGGAUGAGGAGCAGAUUGCUGUGGAGCUCCUGGAGGACGAACUCUACGACUUCGACGACUUUGGUACAUCCGAUCCGGACUCGUGGUUCAGCCAAUGGCUGUGGCGGCGCGUCUAUCAAGUGUAAAACUAAAAAUGUCUGGGUCUGGAAAAAUGCAAGUUUGUCAUGCUUGUCUGGCAUGACUCUUAAACCUGUCAUGCACGUUACCCAAGAGCCCCACUUUGCUGUCAUGCAGAAACGCAGUUUGUCAUGCAGAAUAGGCAACACCUAGAAGCUGAAGCUCAAGAGCUUGUCAUGCUGAGCCAGCACUUGUGGCCUCUUCAUGAUACGCCACCCAGCAUCACAAUUUUCCAGACCCAGACACUUUUACAAUCCAUAACGUCUUUGGCGACCCGCAGGAUUCGGGUUUGAUGGAUCCGACGAAGAAUGGCGGCCCGCCGUCGAACGCGGCGGCGAAAGGACACUAG